CUGUGCCCUGGUCGAGUCUGCCCUCUGCAGACUGGCCUUGUCUUACGUCCACGCCAUACUCGUUCUACCUUUCUAUCUACGCCUUCUCUGCGUCGUUCUGCUGCUCACGUCCACCUCGCCUACCCCGUAUAGAUAAAUACCCAUCGCCCACUUGCCUUCCCUACCACGUCUGCUCCAUCUCUCCUCCCCGCUCCUUGAUACCAUCAACGGGAAAUGUCCGGCCUCGUCAAGCGUCUUUCGAACCUUGGAAAACCAAAGAAGGAACAGCAGACCCCCGCUACCAGCACCUGUAGCACUUCAGCAGCCGCUCCUGCCGCCACCCCCGCAGGCAUAUCUACCACCACCAUCGCUCUCGCUCCUGCUCCUGCUCCUGCUGCACAAUCCGAGCCCACCACUGCCGCCGUGACUCUGCCAGCUGCACCCACCACCACCAUGUCUGCCACCAAGAUUGCAGUCGUUUACCACUCCCUCUGGGGACAUAUCUCGACGCUGGCCGAGGAGGUCGCCGCCGGUCUGCGCGACUCGGGCGUACAGGUCGAGAUCUUCACCUUCGCCGAGACCCUCUCAGACGAGGCGCUCGGCAAGAUGUACGCCAACAAGGCACUCGGCGAAAAGUACCCUCACAUCACGCCAGAGAAGCUGGCCGAAUUCGACGGCUUCUUGUUUGGCUUUGGCACCCGCUACGGCCGUGCGCCCGCACAGGUCUCCGCCUUCUUUGACAGGACCGGCGGCCUCUGGGCCAAGGGCACGCUCGUCGGCAAGUUCGGCGGCAUCUUCACCUCCACCUCAUCCCAGCACGGAGGCCAGGAGGUGACUGCACUAACGACUAUCUCGUACUUUGCGCACCACGGCAUCACCUUUGUCCCCAUCGGCUACCAGUUCCCUGAGUUGACCAACCUCACCGAGGUCCUCGGUGGCUCGCCCUGGGGCGCUGCCACUAUCUCCGGUGGCGACGGCUCCCGCAAGGUCAGCGAGAUAGAGCUCAAGGUCGCCAGGGGCCAGGGUAACUACUUUGGUAAGACGGUCAGCACGUUCGUUAAGGGCAAGAGCGCCUAAGCUGGCCAGGUACAUAACUUUUCAAACUACGCCGUAUGCAUGUUCCGUGGGUUUCCUUAGAGCACAUGUACGCGACCCUGAUAAUCAGUAUUCUUUCCAGAACCUAAC